AAGUCAAGCAACCAACAUCUUCCUUCGAUAGCAUGCUAGCAACAUCGAGCGUGAUGGCCGCCUGGAUGGCCGUAAGGGUCGGGCUCGAAUCUGGUCUGGCCCCAGGGGUCAUGGACUGGAUAUCUCAUCGUCCCGAGUUGGCAACACCAGUCACUGGCUGGAAACAACUCAAGGAAGGAAUUUACUUAUUUCAGGAAGGUCUGGAUCCGUAUGACAGCGGGGUAUUCCAUCAAUCUCCUCUAUUGCUUCACCUCUUCUCGUUCGUCCAUUCGCCAAUCCUCGUCGCAUCGGUCUACGGGUUAGUCGACUGCUAUUCUGCGUGGAUCUUACUCCGUCUGUUCCGAUCAAAAUGGCCGAGACUCACGGGGCCUGUCAAGUCAAUGAAGUUAAAUGAGGAUCGGUGGAUGCUCAGUCCGACUUAUCAAAUCGACGAUUGGCAAUUAAUCCUAUUCUACCUAUUCUCACCCCUAAACAUAUUGACGAGUCUGUCGAAAUCAACGGUCGUCUUCAACAAUCUUGCAAUCCUACUUGCGCUUGAUGGCGCUCUUCAAAACCGGAUGGCGUUUUCGAUGUUCUCUCUAUCCAUCGGAACACAUUUGAGUGUAUAUCCGGUUCUUCUGGUUCCCAGUUGUAUCGGGAUUAUUCUCAACGCAGAAGGUCUCCAAAUCUAAAACA